AUCUAUGCGCAUUUUGUGGUCAUCUUAUGUAUCCUGAAAAAUGUGAAUGGUUAUCCUACGAUCCAAAUUUUUUAUAUCUACUUUUACAAGCUUACCCUGAAUCAAAUCCCGAAUCACUAUUGAUCUUUCAUGUUAAUCUUCCAAAACGUAUUGCAAUAUGUUUAUCUUGUAAAAAACCUACAAGUAAAUAUACCUUUCCUUUUCUUCAUCCUAUUCCAAAUGAAAUUCAAGCUGAAGAAAUUCACGACAUAGCAUAA